AUGAUGAACUGCCUGGUUCCAAUACUAGCCCUCUGGCUGCUGCUGGGGGCUCUCGUGGGGGCCAAGCCUGUGCAGGAGGCAGACCCCUACGAAGAGCCGCCGGCCCUGCCCUACUGGCCCUUCUCCACCUCGGACUUCUGGAACUACGUGCAGCACUUCCAGGCGCUGGGGGCCUACGAGCAGCUUGAGGACAUAGCUCGCACCUUCUUCGCGCACUUCCCUCUGGGGACCACCCUGGGCUUCCACGUUCCCCUUGGGGAGGACUGA